CUGGAGAGUUCUAGGUGCCACACUGGGGCUUCUGGAAGAGGAUGAUGCAAAAGCUGGCAGCUGAAUGCAGCCCUGGAAACCCUGAAAAUACGUUAUUUAUUCUUAUCUUGGUGGCCUGACUCUUGUAGGGGAAUGAGAAAGAUUUCGUGAACACAAUUCUUCCCUCUCACUGAAGUUCUGUAUCCUCUGACCAGUAUGUCCCCAGGCUCCCGCCUCAGUUGCUGGAAACCACCGUCUCACUCUGCUUCACACAAAAAAUGUGAUGUCCCAAGGGCUAUAAAAGCAGCAGCGUCUACCUCCCAUCACAAGCAGAAUCACCGGAGCAGGUUCUCUUUCCCAGCUGCCGGUCAUUCACUGCAAGUCGUCUGCCAUGGCUGCGCUGCAGAAGUCUGUGGGUGCUUCCCUGGUGGGGGCUCUGGCCGCUAGCUGUGUCCUCCUUAUUGCCCUGUCGCUGCAGGGAGGAGCGGCUGUGCCUGUCAGUUCCCACUGCAGGCUCGAUGACUUCCAGAAACCCUAUAUCACCAACUACACCUUCAGGCUCGCUAACGAGGCCAGCUUUGCUGAUAACAACACAGAUAUCCGUCUCAUUGGGCCCCAGCUGUUCCAAGGAGUACAUGUGAGAGAUCGCUGCUAUCUGAUGAAGCAGGUGCUGAACUUCACUCUUGAAGAAGUACUGCUUCCCCAGUCAGACAGAUUCCAGCCCUACAUGCAGGAGGUGUCGUCCUUCCUGGCUGACCUCAGCAACAAACUCAGCCUCUGCCAUGUCAGGGGUGAUGACCGGCAUAUCCAGAGGAAUGUGCAGCAGCUGAAGGACACAGUGAAAGAGCUUGGAGAGAGUGGAGAGAUCAAAGCAAUUGGCGAGGUGAAUUUGCUGUUUAUGGAACUGAAAAAUUAUUGCGUCCACUCAAGUAAAGCUAGAAAUGAAUGAACACUCUUGCCUGUUAAAAAUAAUAAGAAGUCAACCCAAUUUGUGGGUGAAAUUCACAUGAAAAAAAAAACCAAUUUUGCUUUGUCCAUAAUACCAGAAGAUAAACCUUCCAAGCUUAGAGAUUUACUGAUUUACUGAUAACAUUUUAUUGUAACUGGUAUUUCAUACAACAGAAAAUAAUUUAUUUUUAAAUUGUCCAUU